AAGUUCAACAUCAGAAAGAAAGGGGGUGUAUUUGGUGAAAUUACAAGACCAAGAAGAAAUCAAGAAACUCAGCAGACAUAUGAAGCUAGAACUUAUGUUAGUUCACUGCUGUGGCAGAGUUUGAAAAUGGAAUUUGUUCAAGUGCAGUUCUGGUUAGCUCAAGAAAAUUACAAUGAAAAGAAACUUCUUACUGACAAUGUAUUGCUCGGAUUGUCUUAUUUCAUGGAUAAUGUAUACAUAAGUCUGGAAGUGAUCAAUAAAGAAGGCGAGAAGAACUUGAAAAGAUCCAUCAACAUUCCAGAGAGUGCCUGGCAGUCACUUGUUGUACAAGCAGCAGCCAUUGAUGAACAGAUGCCUCGUCCUUGUAACAAGUGAAAGCAGAUAAUGAUACAGAGACCAAACCCAUC